CACAUCAGCGUCUCCAGCCAUGACCACAUCAACAGCCUGGCCAGAUGUAAGCACAUCAACAGCUUCCCUAGUCAUGACCACAUCAACUGCAUCUCCAGACAUGAGCUCAUCAACAGUUUCUCCAGACAGCACCACAUCCACAGCUUCUCCAGAUGCAAGCACAUUAACCUCUUCUCCAGGUGUGACCAUAUCAACAGCUUCUCCAGACGUAACCACAUCAACAGCUUCUGCAGACACCAGCAUGUCAACACCUUCAGCUCCCUCUACCUCAACAGGGACAGCUUCACCAAACACGAUCACAUCUCCAGCUUCUGCUGCCACUGCCACCACCACAGAUGCUCUCACAGACAGUAGCCCAUCGCCAACACCUUCAGCUGACUCUACCUCAACCGCAACAGCUUCUCCAGGAGCUGAGACUUCUACAACCUCUGUUGGUAGUGUCACCACCACUCCAGCUUCCACAAUAAGUAGCCCACAGACAAUACCAUCUGCAACAACUUCUGCCUCCUCCACCUCUGUGACUCCUGUGGUUGUCACCACAAGGACUCAGUCCACCUCUACCUCCAGGACAACACUUACCACGCAGAGCUCGGCCACUGUUACAAUAAGAAGCACCCCUGCCCCUACAUCUACUACUCCAGCAACCACACCAUUGGACUGCAAAAAUGGAGGAACGUGGAAUGGGCAGGUCUGUGUUUGCCCCAACGACUUCCAAGGAGACCAGUGCCAGUACCAAGCCAUGACCUGCAAGAAUGAAGGCUACUGGGAUGGGAUUAAGUGUGUGUGCGUUGGCCUCUUCCAAGGGCCAAAGUGCGAGGAUGUGAUCCCGAGCAUUGAGAUAGACUCCCCACCGGAGACCGUCUCUGCCCAAGUAGAAAUGACUGUGACAGUGACCAGUAGGGAGUUCACCAAAGAGCUAGAAGACCGGGAUUCUGUAGAAUUCAAGAACUUCAGUGAUACAUUCACACAAGAGAUGGCUCACGUUUAUCGCGAAAUCCCUGAGUAUCAAGGGGUCAACAUCACAAGGCUGUCUGCUGGCAGUAUUGUGGUAGAACAUGAAAUUAUCCUGAAGACCAAGUUCACCCCAGAAUACAAGGAUGUUUUGAAUAAGGUCACCCAGAAGGUGACGGAAAAAAUCCAGAAUGUAACCAAACAGCAAAUAACCAUAAAUAAUACCUGCCCAGCUCUACUGUGUUACAACACGACUGCCACCAAGGUGCAAAACAUUACGGUUACCCAAUAUGACCCUGAAAAGGAAUGCAAAGAGAAGGCUGGGAAAGAUUAUGCUGCCUACUUCUUUGUGGAAUACAAGGAUCAGAAACCAAACUGCAUCAACCAUUGCAUGCCAGGCUUCAACAGCACCAUGAACUGUAACUCUGGGAAGUGCCAGCUAGACCGCAGUGGUCCUCGGUGCUACUGCCUGAGCACAGACACUGACUGGUACAGCGGGGAAACCUGUGAAUUCAGUACCAAGAAGAGCCUGGUGUACGGGCUUGUGGGAGCAGCUGGUGCCACAGUGCUACUCAUCCUUGUUGUUCUCUUGAUGUUUGCGCUCCGUUCCAAGAAAGAGGUGAAACGGCAAAAGUCUAGAGUGAUGGAGUUGUACAAAUGGCAUGAAGAAGAUGGAGGACCAACACCUGGAACCUUCCGAAACAUUGGUUUUGAUAUGUAUGAAGAUCAAGAUGAUUCCAUCCACUUGGACUCCAUUUAUAAUAACUUCCAGCCCUCCCUGGACCACAUAGACUCUGAAACAAAGAUCAAAAUUCAGAGGCCCCAGGUGAUGAUGACAUCGAUUUAAGGCAAAGGCAGUUUCACGUGGAGCUGUGGGGUCUGGGAAUGAAGAGAAUUUACUUUGGCUAAGCCUGGUGGAACUUUCCCCAUUGAGAGCAUUCCAUGGAACCUGAUGAAAAACAGAACCUAUACGAAGAAAGAAGAGAGAGACCACAGUGCUGGGAAACUCAAAUAGAAACACCAUGGAACUCUGAUGGGCUUGUCAUGAUCCCAGGCAAGGCGCUCCUGUUCAAACAUGGAAGUUCUUCCUCCCGCCUGCCUUGCUUCAGCACCAAGGAGAGCGUCCAAACCACUCAACAGUGGCUAGCACUACAAUUUAAGACUGAACUUUACAUUAUACAAAGCCUCUUGUAAGAUUUCUUGCACUUCACUUUCAUGAAAAGCAUGUUUUAAACAAUUCAGCAUUUCCUUUGAAUAUAUAGGAUUAUUACUAUUUUUAAUGUUCUAAUAUUUAUCUAUAGGUCCUGAUUUUUUAUUAGUCAAUAUAAUAAUAUAUAUUUCUAAUGGCUAAAAACA